AUGAAAAUUCCAAAAUCAUCUUCGCAAAAUCACCAUGCUGAAUUAACUCAUCCAUACACUAAAUCAGUCCGAUUAAACAAGGGCAUUGUUAAUGACAUGACUACGUUUAAACAAACAAGAAAAAGGCUGAACGAACUUCAACUCAAGAUCAAUGAAAAGCAUAGAAAAAUACGACACGGAGAAGAAGAGUUGGAAAUUAAUGAAGAAUUGAGACAAUUUUUGAUCAUUGCAAUUUUAGCUAAUCUUUCUCAGCUUGUAGAAAAAGCCGAAGAAAGACAAAAAGAGGAAACUAAUAGUUUGGCACAACAACAACAGCUACAAACAGAAACACAAGUACAAACAACACCACCAACAGUACCUUCAUCAGAAACAAGUGUACCAGCAAGUGUUGUAAGUUCACCAAGCAGCUCUUCAAGCGUUCCUGUAAAAGAUCCAAUGCAAGUAGAUGAAGAUGAAGAAACGAUCAACUCACAAGCAAGUAGCUCUAAUGCACAAAAUACAUCAGAUUCUGAAAAACAAACAACAAAAGCAAGAACAGCUGCUGGUUCAAAAGGUGGAAGAAACAAAAAAGGAGGAAAAUCAGUCAAAGAACCAGCAAGUUCUUCGGAACGUAAAGUUGAAGCAUCUCAACCAAUUACAUCAGACAAAUAUCUUCAACUCGAGGAAGGUAUUCCAGUUAAAUCUAAAGUUGCUGCUAGAAUUAGUGGUGCAACUGAAGAAAGUGGAGAUUCCGGAUUCUGGAUUUUGGCUUCUAUAUUGAAAUACUAUCCAGAUAAGAAUAGAUAUGAUGUUAUUGAUGAAGAUAAUAGUGAUGAUGAAGAAUCAACAUCAACUGAUAGAAAAACAUACAAACUUAAUAAGAAUCACAUUGUACAGUUACCAACAGAUAUGUCACAACACAAACUUUUCAAAAAGGGAGAUAAGGUGUUUGCUGUUUUUCCAGAUACUACAACAUUUUAUCCUGCUAUUGUAGACUCAGUACCAACAAAAACAUCUAAGAAUUAUAGUUUGAAAUUUGAAGAUGAUGAAGAAGAUGGAAAGACACCACUCAGAAAAGUCAACUUUAAAUAUGUAAUGUCAGUGCCCAAAUAA